AUGUCGUCGCUUGCGAGCCAGCUCAAGAACAUCGCAUCGCUCGAUGCGGACCGCCUGACCUCCAGGACAGGUGCGCCGUCAUCAAAAUCCUACCUCUUCCCCGCCAAGGUCGCCGCGACUCAGGACCUCGAUGCCGUCCACGCUCUCGGCCAGUCGGGCUUCGACGAGCUCGUCCAGCUUGACCCCCAGAUGGAGGAGUUUGAGGAGGAACUCUUCUCUGAAGCCGCCAAGCGUACCGACCGCAUGAUGCUCUCCGAGGAGGAGAACAAGAAGCUCGAUGAGACCCUCGCUCGCUGCCUCGGACGGCUAGGCAAGUGGAUCGGCACCAUGGCCGGCGGCAAGUGCAUCGAGUGGCUGGUCCGGAGAUUUAGGUGA